AUGAUAAUUAAAUUAAUAUUUAUAAUUGAAUUAUUAAAUUUAAUUAAAAUGAUUAAUUCAAAAACUAUAGAAAAUUUAAAUCAAAUAGUUGUUAAUGAUGAUGAGAAUGUUGAUGAUGAUAGUGUUGAUAAAAUUCAUAUAAUUUAUAAAGAAAAUAUUGAAGAUUUAACUUAUUUUGAUUUAAUUAAUGAUGAAUUAAAUAAUAAUAACAAUAAUAAAAAAGAAUUGAUUUAUAAAAUUUCAAAUAAUCAAGCAUUAAUUUAUCAAAAUAAUAAAUGGAUUCAUAUUCAAGUUUUAUCUAAUCCUAAUUUAUCCCUUUAUUCCCAUUCCCAUUCACAUUCCUAUUCACAUUUUCAUUUUAAUCAUAAAUCCUCAUCUACUACUAGAACAAUCACAACAGAUGAUGAUGAUGAUGAUGAUGGUGGUGGUGGUGGUUCAUUUAGACGACUAAGAGAAGAAUCAAUACCUAUUUCAAAUUGUUUAAAUCAAAUUUAUGGGGAUGGAGGAGCAAUUGAAAUUGAUUCAACUAUAAUUUAUUCAAUGAUUAAUACAUUAGAUUUAUCAAUAACUUUAAAUGUUAUAUUUUAUUAUGAAAAAUUUACCAAUUCUUGGGAAUUACGUAAAUCUUUAACUAUUAGAAAUUUAUAUUAUUGUAAUGUUCCAAAAGGUUAUAUUGGUCAAAUUUGGUCAACUUUUCAAUUUGAAGAAUUUAAUUAUAUAAAUUAUAGAAUUGUUGAUUUUCCAUUAUCAAACAAUAAUAAUAAAAAACAACAUCUAAAAAAGAAGAAGUUUCUACGAAGGAAAUUGAAAUUUGGUAAAUGGAUUAAAUUUGGUAAAGUUUUAUUGUUUAAUAAUAAAAAAUCUCCUGUGAUUAAAUGUAUUACAACUAAAGAUUUAAAUGAUAAUAAAUUGGAUUGUCAUGGAAAUGCAUUAAUUAAAAAUUCAAAAAAUUUUCAACUUUUAUAA